UUGCUUAUGUCACAUGACAACGUGAUUCGUCGGAGUGAGCUUUGCUCGACUUCCAUUCGUAUGCCGCUUUGUGUGCAUAUAGGUCGUAGACGGUUAGCGUACGCGAGCUACCUUCCCUCGUCUCUUCCUCCGCCCUUUUCUGGUUCUUGGAUGGGCAAACCCUAGCGAUCGGAGAAACGAGCCCUGAUCCAGGGAACUCAAGGAUGUUCUCGCGGUGGGAGUUCUCGCGAUCGAGCGUGGUCAAGCGCGUGUGUAAGUUCCUCCUGAAGAAGAAGCUCGGGGAGGUGAUAUUGGGGGACAUCGACCUCGACCAGCUUGAUGUCCAGCUCAGCACCGGUACCAUCCACCUCACCGACCUCGCUCUGAACGUCGAUUUCCUCAACCAGAAGGUUUCUGGCAUGCCAAUUGUGAUCAAAGAAGGAUCAUUAAAAUCCUUAUCUAUUAGAAUUCCUUGGAAGCUUAGAAACUGUGAGAUAGAAAUUAAUGAAUUUGAGCUUGUACUUGAACCAUUUAGAGGUAACAAUAUUUCUCUCGCUGAUGCAAAAUGUAAAUUGGCACAUGAUGGCCAACAAUAUAUGAAAACCAAUUCAGACAAGAUUGAGCUGGGGCCUGCUCAGCAUUACCAUGGUUCUAUUCCUCUAGAUGUUCAUGAAGGAGUUAAAACGAUUGCCAAGAUUGUGAAGUGGUUCCUAACAAGCUUUCAUGUUAAACUAAAUGGAAUUAUAGUUGCAUUUGAUCCCUGUUUAGAUCUGGAUGAAAGAAGAAACAGAUCACAUGAACUAUUAGUUUUUCGAGUUAAAGAAACUGAAUUUGGAACUUGUGUUUCUGAGGAUUCUAUGGCAAAGUUGACGAACUUCGUAAAAUUUUGUGAAGCUAACAUUGAGUUUCUUCUAAUAGAUGAUAUUGACAAGGGUAUUGAACUUCAUAGUGUUACAGGAAAGAGCUUUAAUGAAAGAUUUUUGCGACAUGGUACUACUCCAAUUUUGACUGGUGCAAGUGGUGGGUUCUCAGGGACAUUGAACUUAAGCAUACCAUGGAAGAAUGGAUAUUUGGAUAUACAUAAAGUUGAUGCAGAUGUUUCCAUCGAUCCCAUGGAAUUAAGGGUGCAACCCAGCAGCAUCGAGUGGCUCAUAGCCACGUGGCAUUCUCUGAAGAACAUUAGAGAAUCUCAAUGGACCUACAAUCAUAAACGUCCAGAUUCUUUUAAAUUUAGUUGCAAAAGUGGCAACCACUCAUCAAUGUCAUGUACUGUAUAUCUAGAUGCUGAUGCUGAGACACCAGUUAAGGCCAAUGAAGUAAGAAGCGUUUAUUCUGCAAUCACUCCAGAGGUAGUUCCGAAUAUGUUGCUUAUGAGGACGAAUGUGAUUCACAAUUGGAUCCCAGAAUAUGUUUAUCAUGAGGAUCAAAGUGAUGUUGAGCCAGAUUUGGGUGCAAGCAUCGAUCAGUUUUUUGAAUGUUUUGAUGAGCUAAGGAGCUCCCAGGUGUACCCUGCUAGUGGUCAUAUAUGGAACUGGACAUGUUCUGUUUUCAAUGCAAUAUCUGUUGCAUCUAAUCUUGCUUCUGGAAUGGGAGACAUUCCUAAAGAACAACAUGUGGAGACAAGUUUACGAGCUGCAAUUGCUGGUAUCUCUGUUAUUCUUUUCCUCAGAGACGAUGAUCAACAGUCUUCAUAUGGUUCCAACAAAUUAUUGAGUGAGCUAAGCUUUGGGUCUUAUAUGAGCUGCCAUUCCCCUACGAAUGUUGACGUAUCCAGCACAACUGAAGUUGAUUCCGUGAAUGAAAAGAUGCACCACCUUGAAGCAAAGUGUCAGAAUGUAGUUCUAGAUUUGGAGCAGACUUAUUCUCAAAAUACAAAGUUUAGCGCAUCAGUCGAGCAUAUUAAAGUUGAUGCGUACUAUGAUACUCAAAAUUGUGCCACAGGAAUUUCCUCACAUGAGUGGAAGAAUGAAUCCAAAGAACAAAUGUUUUUGAGCCCUUAUCUACAAGAAAAGGUCCAAGAUGCUCUUCCACCAUUUCCUUUCCAUAUACGAAAUCGUGUUUCAGAAUCAGCUGUCAGGGAUAAAGUUCUGAAUGGCCUGAACCAGGUUAGAUUGUUGGAAACUUUCGGUGAAUGCAGCUGUAAGUUAAAUGUCAACUCAAAAGACUCACAUGGUGUGGCAUUGACAUCAUUUGUCAUCGAGUUGCCACCUUUUGUUUUAUGGUUUCACUAUGCUUUAGUCUAUAUGCUGCUGGACCUGUUUAGACGAAUAAAGUGUCCUUCAAAGAAAUACAACAUAAAUAAAGAUGUUCAAUCUGAUAUGCUGUCUGAAAGAGAGAGGAUUUCGUUUCAUGAGGUUGCUGAAAAUUGCAUUCAUCAUGAUGUGACCAGUGUGUCUCCAAGAGCAUUUCUUCAAGGAAAUAUAGUGCUUCCACAGGCAAGGAUAAUAAUAUGGUUUCCUUCUGAGUAUUAUGGAGAUUUCAGUAACUCAACUUUUUUGGAUAAGAUCAUCACUCUUGAGCAUUCUGCAACUUUAAACUCUGAAGAAGCUUCAGAUGCCUUUACAGUUCCAGAGGCAAGUUCUGGAAGUGAUCAAUCUCAUACGCCUUCCAGUUCAAUCCACUUGAGUAUAAGAAACUUUUAUAUUUACUUGGUGGAAUCUUCAAAAGAAAAUGCUUUGGAUGUUACGAUUUCUACUUUAAAUAGUCAACUCUUCACUGCUGUGAAGAUUCUAUCUGUUGAAGGUACAAAAAAAUAUUCUUGUUCUGGAGUUACCAUGCUUUGGCAGAAGGGUCCUGUGACUGGCAGGUGGAUGGCAGAUCGAGCUUGGAGUUUGUCUGCAUCACAUGAUCAAAAUAGAAACAAAAUUAUUGGAAAAGAAUCCGAAUUCUCUUCUGUAACCAAUGUAGAGGACCUUGAGGAAACAGGUUCUAAUGUCCGCCAGGAGCUGAUCCUCAGUUCUGCAUUUUUAUUGCAAAUUCAGUUGUCUCGUGUUUGCAUCGAUCUUGAUAAUCAUGAUUUUAAGCUUCUAAAUUGUUUGUUGAAUAAUCUCAUUGAUGGAUAUUCAGAGGCUACCAUUGGGGUGGACGUGUGUGUUGACAGUAGCAUCAAGAACAAAUUCCUCAGUUCCUCUAAUGCAUCUCAAACAACAAUUCUUGUGAAAUGUGAUGUCUUAGAUGCUUCUAUUAGGCUAAAUGAAGUAAUUGAGGUCAACCAUCUAGUACAAAAGGAGCUACAGGGAUCAUGGAAUUACUUUAAAUUGAAAGUUGACAAGUUUGAGUUGCUAUCUGUCUCUAACACUGGUGGAGUUGGGGAUGCAAAAUUUUUAUGGCUCAAUCAUGGUGAAGGUGAACUGUGGGGUUCCAUCAUUAGUAAUGUUGAAAAAUCUCGUGCAGUAGCAGAGGAGUUUCUUUUGUUAACCUGUAGAAAUUCUGCAAUGAGACGGGGUAAUGGUGAAGGUGCUAAUGCAUUAAUGUUUGGCCCUGCUGGUACUGCUGUAACAAACAUGUGGAAUCCACUGUCACAACAAAGCUAUACUUCCAUAAUGGUUCGUUGUGGAACAGUUAUUGCACCAGGUGGUCGGUUGGAUUGGAUUAGUGACAUAUUCUCAUAUUUUAGUUCAUCUCCUAGAGAGAAAGGAAAUGAUGGAACAGCUGAAAAAUUGUCUUUUUUUCUGGAUUUGGUGGAUGUUGCUCUGAGUUAUGAACCUCAUAAUAAACAAUCUGCAGUCAGCACUGAAGAUAGAGACUGUGAGCAUGAUUCUGAUGUUGAACCUGACAAAGAGACAGAAAAAGUAUGCACAGCGUGCCUUUUAGCUGCAGCAUCAUUGAGCCUCUCUCAUCAUACUAAGUCAGACACAACCUUUGAUUACAAUAUUCAUCUAAAGGAUGUAGGCUUUCUUAUUUGUGAAUCAACUGGCUCCUUACAUGAUAUCGGUGGUUAUUGUGUAGGUUAUCUUCAAAAGGCUGGAUAUUGCAAAGUUGCUCAGGUUUCAUUUCUGCUGGCUAUUCUGAGAAUUAGAGGGAUGUUCUGGGAAAUUGAAUGUACAGAUUCACAUAUCGAUUUGGAAUCCUGUCAUGACACAACAUUUGGUCUUUUCCGUUUAGUUUCCCAGCUCCAGCAGCUUUAUGCACCUGAUGUUGAAGAUGCUUUAAUACAUUUACAGUCUAGAUGGAAUGCUAUUCAGCUUGUAGAUAAGGACCGGAAUACAAGUUACAUUGCAGAAGUUAUCUCAAGCAAUUCUGCAGGAUCAGGUUUUGAGUUGUCAACUAGUAGUGAAGAACAUCAAGCCGCUGGACUCCUGGAUGAGAUUCUUGAGAAUGCUUUUGAAUGUCAUACUACAUCUGAUCAUUGUGGAACACAAUCUCAUAUCUCACUCAAACAAUGUCAGCUAGGGGACAUGUUGAAUGUUAAUGCCUCAAGAGCUGAUGAUGCUUUUGCAGCAAAUAUUCUGGAUUCUGGUUCAUCUUGCAGUGCAGAAUUGGGACAGACUUUAAACCAACCCAUAAAUAGAACAUACACAAGUCAGGUUAUCGAGAGCUACUAUGCAUCUGACAUGCUUCCAUCAUCCCCAGUGCCUGUCAGCAAUUGUUCUUUUAGCAAAGAUAGCAAAUGUAUAGAUACAUCAUCUCAUAAAGAUACUGAACACAGACAAGGUGGGUGGUACCUGGAUGAUGGUUUGAUGAUAUUAGAAGACCAUAUUUCAACAAAUCUGAAUCAGCCUGAAGGAAAGAGUUUGCAGCAAGAAGGGGAAUUUGGAGCUGACAAUUUUUACCCUGUUGAUUGUUGUCUUCUAAAUGGAAGAGUAGUUCUUAAAAAUAUGAAUGCAAGGUGGUGCAUGUAUGCUGGCCAUGACUGGACUAAACCAAAGGGACUUCCUGUGUGUAGUGUGACCCAGAAUGGAAGAGAUAGGAGCACAUUCCUAGAGCUUAGCUUGGUUGGGUUGUAUCUUCAGUAUGACAUAUAUCCUGAAGGUGUAACUUAUGUCUCGAAGUUUUCUCUGUCCGUUCAGGAUGUUCAGAUUUAUGACAGAAGCAGUGAUGCACCUUGGAAGAUGGUUUUAGGUAAUUACCAACCAAAAGAUUAUCUGAGAGAAUCCCAUGCUAAAGCAUUCAAAUUGAUGUUGGAAGCUGUAAGGCCCAACCCACUAACACCUCUGGAGGAAUACAGGUUACAUAUUGAGCUUUUGCCUCUUCGGUUGCAUCUCGAUCAAACCCAUCUCAAUUUUCUCAUCAGUUUCUUUGGCAAGGAUUUAUUUAAUGAUACCUCUCCAGUUCCACCUAAUAAUUUGGAUGAGUCUGAUAUGUCUAAGACAAGCAGCAGGAGGUUUGGAAGCCAGACAAUGGUAGAGGUGGCUCUUCUUCCAUUCUUCCAGAAAUGUGAUGUGAGGCCUGUGGUUGUACGUGUUGACUAUAUUCCUCGUCAUUGUGAUGCAGCUGCACUAAGAAGAGGAAACUAUGCUGAACUUCUCAAUUUAGUGCCAUGGAAGGGAAUUGAUUUGCAACUCAAACAUGUUUGUGCUACUGGGAUUUAUGGGUGGAGCAACAUUUGUGAAACUGUUGUUGGGGAGUGGUUGGAAGAUAUCGCUCACAACCAGAUCCGUAAUUUAUUGAAAGGGCUUCCACCCAUAAAAUCAUUGUCUGCUGUCAGUUCUGGCACUAAAAAGUUGGUGUCACUGCCAGUAAAAAGCUACAAGAAAGAACAUAAGUUUCUGACGGGAAUGCAGAGAGGAGCAAUGUCUUUCAUUAAGAGCAUAUCAAUUGAAGCUGUGGGGCUGGGAUUGCAUUUGGCAGCUGGAGCACAUGAGAUUUUACUCCAAACUGAAGACUUCCUUACAAGUAUUCCUAUGUCUGUCCCAUUGUCCGAGAUAAAGAGAAAAAAAGCAAAUGUAAGAUCUAAUCAACCUGAAAAUGCGCAAGAGGGGAUCCAGCAGGCUUAUGAGAGCUUAAGUGAUGGCUUUGGUAGAACUACAUCUGCUUUACUUGUGACUCCAUUAAAAGCUUAUCAGCGAGGUGCUGGUACAGGAUCAGUCCUUGCAACUGCUAUUCGUGGAACUCCUGCUGCUGCUAUAGCUCCUUUGUCUGCUUCUGCUCGUGCUGUUCACUGGACAUUACUGGGACUGAGAAAUAGAAGCUUGAAAAUCUUUGUUAAUGAUUAGUUUGCAUAUUGCAGCAUGGAUCCUGAGCACAAAAAGGAAUCCGUGGAGAAAUAUCUGGGUUCGUCUCAAUCAUAAGAUUGCCAUCUUUUUUUCCUUGGCAGUUAAGAUGCAUCAUCCAUAUAUAUGGUAUCACUAGAAUCGUUGGCCCAUUUUCUGCUCAAGCUUGUGCCCCAUAAAUCAGAUAGCCAUGUGUGGCGCUGGUUACAAUUGCCUGUACAUAGUGUGCUAGUACAUUGUAAGCAUCCUUAAACUGAGUCAGUAGUAAGUUAAGUUACAUCAAAUAAUGGUUAAUGUUUCUUGGAUGAUGCAGGUGUAUAGCUCUUCAAGAGUGGUUCUUUAUGCAACAGAAUAAGAUGGUAACCUUUGUACAGAAUUAGGUAACUUAAGUCUGCUAUUUUUGUCACAGAUUGUGAAUAGGGAUUUUGUGUAUAAAGCAUGUUGAUUGUGUGUGCGCGCCUAUUUCUCCCACCUAUAUUUCUUUUCUUCUUGAUGAAAUUUUUGUAAAUCCUUGUAAGCAACAAGGCUAGAUAGCCAUAUUGGUGUCUUCCUUUCAAGAAAAGGUUGCAUGCAUUCUGUUGCUAA